GACCAUUAGAAGUUUCACGUUUAGUUUAUUUGAGUUGUUUCUUUUUAUUUAUUUUCUGUGUCUUCUGUCUCUUUAAGACUCAGGUGUGCUCCUCCUGGAUGGCUGCCAUGUUAAAGUGAAUGUGAAGCUGACAGCUGAGCAGUCUGAACUCAGGGCCUGAGCUGUGAAGGUCUGACUUUACUACGACUGGAUGUGCUUUAUCAAUUCCAGAUCACUGCUCUUUGAUCGAUACCUGAAACAGAAUCUGUGACAAAGAAGAGAGAAAAGAAGUGAAAGCAGCCUAAGAUUUGUUCAGCUUUCCAUCCCAGCAGACCUCCCACCUGCCCUGUAAAGCUGUCCCACCCCACCUGAUCUGCGAUAUAAGGAGUCGGUGAGGCUAACCAGGACAGGAGCGUCAGCAUCACCAUGAGACUCGCCGCAUUGCUGCUUCUGCUGUGCCUGUGCUCUACUGCGAUGGCUUUGCCAUCUAGUAUUCCAGCCAAACCAGAGGUGGAAUUAUCUGCAUCAGGAAAUGGCACAAAAAACGUCCUAAGUAAAUUAUUAAUAGUUAAUGCAGUGUGAGUAUAAAUCAGAGGACCCGCCGCUAAACAAUUAAUGUCAAUUCCAUCUUUGAUCUCUCUGUUGUAUGGGAGGUAAGUGUGGAAUUAAAGUAAGCCGCAUUAAUGAAUUACCAAAUAGGAGGUUUUAAUUACAGUACAUCGAUGGACUGAAGCUCAUAUCAAAGAGUAUCUUUCUGAGUAUCCUCUAAUUAUGAUUUUUAAAAGUUCUAAAGCUCACACACAUGCAUGUCCAUCCUCCCUAACAUCAUACGUGACUGGAGGGCUUUUUGCUGACAAGUAAGCACAAUGAAACAAUAAAUAAAAGUAGGAAACUGAUGUUACUGUCUAAUGACGCCAAAAUUAUUGGUGGAUUUAUUCAUUAAAGAAAUGAACAAUUUGUUCUUAUCUGUCUUCCACAACAUCACAUCCUGGACUAGACUUAUAAAGACGACAUUACCUGCCUGCCUGCCUGCCUCCUACAGAUACAAGGAAAUCCUUUUAUCCUGUGGCUGACAUUCCUCUGGAAGGCACCACUCUCUAAAAGGAAGCCAUAACUGCCUGGCAGAAAUCAGCUUUACAAGCAUACAGAAAAACAAAGAAAUGUGGAAUAACAGUCAUAUAAAAUUAAAAAGGUGAUCACACAAAAUUUAUAAUAAAUCUAAAUACCCAAAUUGAUAACCACAAUUUCUUCUGCUCUAUCAGGAGAAUCAUCCCACCUAAUUGUGAGUCAUCUUCACCUCUUAAGCAAAUGAAACCAAACUAAAAAUUAUCUGCUCAAUUGAAGUUGAAGUAGCAGUUGUAGUUUUCAACAAAUAUGCCCUUUUAGUCUAUGAAGAAAAAAAAAAGUCCAAUAUUUUGGUAAUUAAAACUCAAAUAAACUCUUUACUAUUAAAACAGCCUUCAUUUAGUUUACCUAUACAGUGGAACCUCGGGUCACGACCAUAAUUCGUUCCAAAACUCUGGUCGCAACCCACAGUAAUUUCCCCCAUAGGAUUGUAUGUAAAUACAAUUAAUCCAUUCCGGACGUACGAGCUGUGAGAUUCAAUUUGAUACUUUGCAGUAUGUGAUGCCAGUUCAGUGCUGUGGAUAGGAACAGAUGCUCAAAUAAUAACAGACGAGACUAAACUUAAACGGAGUUUCUCUUUAUUUCACCAUCACAAGAACGUCAUGCACGUGACUCACGUUUGUUUUACGUUCAGGUGUGUGUGAGAUGAGUCAGCCGCUGAACUGUGAGUUUGCUGAGGUCACUGAACUGAGCACUGCUGACACUGAAAAGGAUUUUUAAAGAGUUCUGUUAAAAUAAUAAAAUGAAAAUCUGAAAUAUGGCAGCUUCUUAAUGAACAAAAUGAUGCCACCUUUUGCUUACUGUGAUGCUUAACAGUUCUAACAAAAAAGAGCAGUAAAUGGGGGAUCUCUGCUGAAAAAGUAACUUUCACGAUACUGGAAAAUUAUUAAAAAAUCUGUAAUUACUACAAUGAUAGACCCAAGAGCUGAGUUGAGGGGUAGAAAGAUCUGUUCACAAAGGCAUUGUCAGGUGUUAAGAAGAAGAGGAAGAAGAAGAAGAAGAAGAAGAAGAGGAAGAAGAAGAAGAAGAAGAAGACGGCUCUCUAUUUGACUAAUAACACCAAACACUAAAUACAAUCCAAGAAAUGAUUUGCAGAAAGUGUCAUAUAUCUUGUCUCGAGUAAUACAAUGUGAAAAUGAGUUCAAGGAAAAACAAACAACCAUUCACUGACAUUUAAAUGUUAGUUUUUAUGUUCAAGUUUUUUUUUCUGUUUGUAAACACAUUUGAAUUACACUUGAAUAAUGACAUUUGAUCUAACAACCCUGAAUCUUUACUGCUAAGACCUGGUUAGGGUCUCACAUUGUGUCACAUUCACAGACCUGUCUCACACAUCCUGUAUGUAUAGAGAUGUGACAACAUGGCAGGAUGUCACGUUUACACCUAGUAGAGAUAAUUUAUAAAUGGUUACCUUUGGACCAAAUUAGUCUUUUUGAAUCUCUUUUCGUCUCCAAUAAGUUGCUCAUGCUGUUCUCUGUCAUGGAACCUUUCUGGUCUUUGUCUUUCACCUUAGAUGUUGAGAAAGUUUGUUACCAGCUCAUUUUACAUUUUCUAUGGUCAGUUUUGCAUUGCAGGAUUUUUGGUGAUUUUCUUUUCUUUUUUUUUUAUAAACACAACUCAAAGCUUUACUCCCCAAUCUGAAUAAGUCAAAUGCUGUCCUUAUAUUGAGAGGAUUGUGCUCCAGAUGUCCUCUCUCCCUACUCUUGUCAGCACUGUCCCUUGAGUCUUUGCACAUAGAAAAUCUAGGCAAUACGGCAUAAACGCCAAUAAUUUAAUUAAAGUUACUACUUUAGAUGAACAAUGUAUUAAAACUGUAAAAACAGAUCAUAGAUUAAACAAAAAAUACACACAGAGCGGCGCUAAUAAAAAUAACUUAAUUCCUGUUCCCUAUAUCAAUAACGCACAUAGUAUUCAUCUCUGCUCCUCCGAAACAUUGAAUAUGGCACUAUUAAAUAUUAGAGCUUUAACUAACAAGACGUUUUUUAUCAACGACAUUAUUAGUGAAAAAAAAAUAGAUUUUAUUGCACUAAGUGAGACGUGGCUUAGCUCAGAUGGCGCAGCUGUUUUAAUCGAAUCUGUGCCUCCGGAUUACAGUUUUACUCGUGCUGAUCGCCAAGGAAAGAGAGGUGGAGGGCUAGCAAACAUUUACUCUAGCAGGUUAAAAUGUAAAAAUAUCAGUUUUGGUAAGUUCAAGUCUUUUGAGUAUCUCGCCAUUGUUAUUCAGGGAGAUUCUCACGUUCUAGUAUUAUCCGUGUAUAGACCUCCUAAAUUCAACGCGUCUUUCUUUGAGGAAUUCUCUGACUUGAUGUCAAUCUUAAUUACGAACUAUGACGCACUCUUAAUAGUCGGCAACUUUAAUUUUCAUGUAGAUAAUCAAUGUGACCAAAAAGUAAAAGAAUUUAUGAACCUCCUGGACUCUUUUGAUUUGAGACAGCUCGUUAAUCAGCCUACACAUAAAGCAGGUCAUACGUUAGACUUAGUAAUUACUAAAGGACUAAAAGUUGAUAUAAAGCAGGUCAUUGAUACGGGUCUUUCAGACCAUUUUCUUCUACUUUUUAAUAUAGAAAUAAUGAUAGAAAACACUCAUGAGAAGCAUAUUGUUAAAAAACGCUUCUUUGACUCAUCAGCAACUUUAAAACUUACAAACAUUCUAACCAAUCAGUCCGUUUAUAGUGCCAACUAUAAUAGCGAGGAGAAUGUAAAUAGUAAGGUGGAAAGAUUUAAUACUAAAGUGAGGGCUGCUGUUGACAUAGUUGCACCUGAAAAGACAGUUAAAAAAUCUUCUAGCAUUGUUAUACCUUGGAAGACCCAAAGAGUGUCUGAUUUAAAGAGAACAUGCCGUAGACCUGAGCGUAAAUGGAGGAAGACUAAACUAACUAUUGACUAUGAGAUAUUAAAAGUUAAAAUAACAGAAUACAAUAACACAGUCCGUCUUGAGAGGCGCUGCUAUUUCUCUAAGAUUAUAAAUAACAAUGCUAGUAAUCCCAGAGUCUUAUUUUCGACAAUUGAUCAUCUGUUAAACCCAGGUAACUCAAAGGAAUGCCUCCUAAGUACUUCCAGUAAAACCUGUGAGGCUAUCGCUGUAUUUUUCAAUCAAAAAAUCUAUAAUAAUAAAAGGCAAAGCCCUCACUGACUGACUGACUGACUCACUGACUCACUCAUCACUAAUUCUCCAACUUCCCGUGUAGGUGGAAGGCUGAAAUUUGGCAGGCUCAUUCCUUACAGCUUACUUACAAAAGUUAGGCAGGUUUCAUUUCGAAAUUCAAAGCGUAAUGGUCAUAACUGGAACAUAUUUUUUGUCCAUACACUGUAAUGGAGGAGGCGGAGUCACGUAUCGCGUCAUCACGCCUCCUACGUAAUCACGUGAACUAAAAACAAGGAAGAGAUUUACAGCACGAGUCGCACGCGGGAACGAAGGUAAAUGACGUUAAUUUUUGACUGUCUUUUAAUACUGUGUAAGCAUACAUAUUAACACAUGUGCAAUUAAACGUGUGCAUUUACGGGGUGAUUUCUCAGGCUUAAGAGCUCACCUUUUAUCAAACGCGGGAACAAAGGUAACUG